AGAAUAAAGGCAUAAAAGAUAUAAUUUUGAACGUGUGAAAACAUGAAAGUAAAUACUCUGGGAUUCCUGAUUAUAAUUCAAUUUGUAGUAGUCAAAAUAUCCAAAGGACAAUGUCUGAGUAAUGGUACGUGUGUUUGUCACUGUGUAAACUGUAACAAAACAUGUACAGAAUGUUCUCCUGGAUGGGGUGGAUCAGUUAGAAAUAAAUGCCAAAGAACUAAUACUUUAUAUCAAGCUGAUGUUGAAGAAAACACACAUUCUAAAAUACUGGAUGAUGAUCUACGAACAUCUGUAACGGAUUCAAGCCAGUUACCAUUUGUACGAAUCCAGCUUAAAAAUGCAACACAAAUUGAUGAAGUAGACGUUACCUUAUUCCUUCGAAGAAACACGAAGUGCACAUUCUAUGUAAAGGAGAGGGAAUAUGUACGUGAACCUGCAGUGACUUGUGACACCUUAUUACACACUGAAGAGGACAUAGAAAGAACCAUAAAGAUGAAAUGUAGUGAACCUCUUACCGGGAAAUAUCUCGAAAUUGUAUCUGAAGGAAAUCCCACAUUACAGGUUUUUGAAAUCCAAAGAUUAGGCACUUUCGGAAGAAACUGCAGUAAUAUAUGUCCAUCAGGAUGCAACAAGGAAUGUGACAAAACGUCGGGAGAUUGUGUUUGUCAAAAAGGUUUAUAUGGAGAGUCUUGUGGCGAAACAUGCUCUUCAUUCUGCGAUGAGAAUGGCUGCAACUCUAGUACCGGUGAUUGUUUUGGAUGCAAAAAUGGACAUUUUGGGGACCAGUGUGAGAAAAACUGCUCAAUUGGUUGUCAAGAUCAAUGUCAUAAGACGUCUGGAUAUUGUUCAUGUAAAAGAGGUUUUUAUUCUGAAAAUUGUUCAAUGGAGUGUCCUUCAAAUUGCUUAAAUAGAUACUGUAAUCAAACAACGGGUUCCUGUUUGUCAUGUGUUGAUGGUUAUUAUGGCAAAUACUGUAAUGAUGAGUGUUUGGGGAAUUGCAAUGAAAGUUGUGAUAAAACCACUGGUUUGUGUGCAAAGUGUCCACGGAAUAUGUAUGGUCGUUUCUGUAAUCUCACAUGUCCUUUGAAUUGUAAAGGCGAUACAUGUGAUAGAGAUGACGGUGAUUGUAAAGAGUGUAAGGCCGGGUAUAGGGGAAAUAAGUGUAACGGCCAAUGUCCAAGACAUUGCAAUCUAUGUAAACAAACAGAAUUCAUCUGCGUUAGUUGUAAACAAGGUUAUUAUGGCCUGACGUGUUCUGAAGAAUGUCCAAUUUCAUGUGGAGGUAAUAAAUCCUGUGAAAUAAAAUCAGGAUAUUGUCAUACAUGUUCGACAGGAUACUAUGGCAACAAAUGUAAACAGAAAUGUAGCGAUUUUUGUGACUUACAGAGACAAUGUAACAGAGAUACAGGGCACUGUGAACAAUGUAUUGCUAGCAAAUACGGCCCUUUUUGUACAGAAGUUUGUAGUGAAAACUGUUUAGAAUUAACAUGUUUUAAAAAUCAGACGUGUUCUUUUGGGUGUAAAGAUGGAUGGUUUGGAAAGGAAUGUUACCAGCAAUGCAGCGCUGCAAUAAGAAGUUGUACACACUGUGUCCAGCGACGGGAUACAGGAAAGAUAGAAUGUCUAAAAUGUGGUGAUCAAUGGUUUAUGAAUGGAUCCAAGUGCUAUAAAUGUCCCGAAAACUGUUCAUCAUGUGAAUCAAAUGAUAUGUGCACGAAAUGUCAAAAGUCCUAUUUUUAUGGGGAACGAUGUCAAUAUCAAUGUAACAACGCUUGCAUAAAUAACAUGUGUAAAAUGAAUGGGGACUGUUUGAAUGGAUGUAGUAACGGUAAAUACGGUAGUGAGUGUGACCAGAACUGUCCUAAAGGUUGUAAGCUGUGCUUCAAUUCUUCUAAAUGUUUGGAGUGCGAUGAUGGUUACUAUGGUGCGAUUUGCCAAGGUCUUCCUCUAGUUCCGCUAGAUUCUGCUGCUGGAAAAGUUGUCUCACACUCCGGUCUAUCUUCUUCCAUACGUUUUGACAUUGAGGGAGGGCACUUCCGGUUCCGGUUCCAUUGA